CAGCUUGUAGUAGUUAAGUAGAAGCCUCGGCGGAAGACCACAGAAGAGCCGACGAUGGAGGAGGGUCUAGAGCGCCAAGAGCAGCCAUGGAGAGUCCUUGAAUUUUACAGUGGCAUUGGCGGCAUGAGAUACUCGAUGAUUCGGGCAGGGGUGAACGCAAAAAUACUGGAAGCUUUCGACAUCAAUGACAAAGCAAACGAUGUCUAUGAACAUAAUUUCGGCCACCGCCCCUAUCAGGGUAACAUCCAAAGCCUGAGUGCUGCUGAACUCGACCGCUAUAGAGCACAUGCAUGGCUUCUUUCUCCUCCUUGCCAACCAUACACAAGGCAAGGUCUCCAGAAGGAUUCUGGUGAUGCUCGAGCAUCCUCGUUUCUCAAACUUCUUGAACUUAUACCGCACAGUUUACGACCUCCACUUAUGCUGUUUGUGGAGAAUGUUGUUGGAUUUGAGACAUCUGAUACGCACAGUCAAAUGAUCAAAAUAUUGGCUGAAACUGGCUUUGUCACGCAGGAAUUCAUUUUGAGCCCAUUACAAUUUGGUGUGCCAUAUUCCAGGCCACGUUAUUUCUGCCUGGCAAAACGAAAACCUUCAUCCUUUCUAAACCCACUGUUAAACAAGCGGCUACUUCGGACACCAAGCCCGUUAUUUGGGCAUGACGAUAGUGCAAUAAUCAAUGAGCAUGGUCAGUCGAAUGAAAGCUGGGAUAAAUUGCUCCAAACUUGUGCGCCAAUAGAGAGAUUUCUUGAAUUCAGGAAUUCCUGUAACCAACAAGAAGUGGGGUCUGAAGUUUUGUGUGCAAUCAAUGUCUCUACAGCUGGUUCUGGAGAUUUGGAGAAAAAUGAUGAAGAAAAGGGAUCCAUUGCUGGUUUGUUAGGCCAGUACUUUGUUCCAUUAAGCUUGAUAGAAAGGUGGGGAAGUGCCAUGGAUAUUGUCUAUCCUGAUUCAAAGCGAUGUUGUUGCUUUACAAAAAGUUACUAUCGUUAUGUGAAGGGUACUGGCUCCCUUUUGGCAAUGGUCCAGCCAAAGAAGAACAAUGAAGUAUCUUCAUUGAAGGAGCAGGCCCUUAGAUAUUUUACACCUAAGGAGGUUGCUAAUCUGCAUUCUUUUCCUGAGGAUUUCAACUUCCCACACCAUAUAAGCUUGAGACAACGGUAUGCAUUGCUGGGAAACAGUAUUAGUGUAUCUGUUGUUGCUCCCUUGCUUCAGUAUUUAUUUUCAGAGCCAUCAAGAUCUAUUUGAUUACGAGACGUCGUCCACAAUUGCUGAUUUUCCUCGUUAGGCAUGCAGACUCAUCACCAGUUAUCCUCCUGGGGGGAAGAUGGACGGGGAUAAUUAAUGACUCCAGACCUUUGAAGUUCUUACAUCUGUUCCACAAAAUUUUUGGAUGGGGGUCAUAUGAUGACAAUAUUUUUUAAGAAAAAAAAAAGUAUAAGAGAUGUAGAAUUGUUCCAGGCGUGUGGAACAAAAUAUUCCAAUGUAACAGGGUUGCCUGUUGUAGCAGUACAUUUACACUAUUUUUGAUUAUUUACUCAUUUCAAAUAGUACUGAAGAACAGAAGCCUGUGUCAACUAAUUGCCAUGUAAGGCAGAAUAUUCACCAGUGGGCAUUGGGUACCCUAGGGUUGUUUUGUUAAAUACAACAUUCUUCUGUAUUUCUGCAA